AUGCGUAGACCAAGAUUCAGAAAGUCUCCUUCGACGAGCUUCUCAACGAUAUCCGAAGAUAUGGCUACGCCUCCCAGAAGCCCAUCACAAACCUCCACACGAAUCAGGGACACGGGGUUCCCCGAUACAUUCUGUGGAAAUAGGAACACCACCCUUCCUCACCCUGACGCCAAGAUUGGUCCUGAUGCAUGCAUAACGGAAGACGAUGUGAAUGUGGGCAGGGCACUCAUCAGGCACAGGAUGUCCUUCCAAGUUCAGACUGAGCGACCAUAUGGUCGAUCUCUUAGCCUGUAUGACCGCAAAGUCAGCGGCUCUUCUGACGAAGGAGCUCUGGCUACUCUAGGCCGCAUGGCUCUUGGGUCUAUUCGACCCAGUGCUGAGCAACCCGCUGGUAUCCGACCGACGUCUCGGGAUGGCCAUAGUGUCACUACCUCCGACGGCACAGGCUCGCCUCCACACUCACCAACCCGCCAAGUGAAACAGGAUCCAAGAGACGCAGCCAGGGAUCCUAGAGACGGACGCCGACAUCGUCGCAGGAGCAGUCUCAUCAACAGGCUCUUGCACAGAUAG